AUGUUGAACGGGUCCGAGGUGAUGGUCGAAUGGUGUGAGCCACUUUCAUAUGUCACAGACUAUGUAGUAACAGUAGGGGGACAAGAGAGGUAUAAAUUCAGCAAAGACAAACGCAGAGGCAGCAUAGGGACAGUGGAUCAUGUUACCCAAGUGUGUGUGAGUGCAGUGAAUGAUGCAGGGGAGAGCCAGGCGUCCUGUACCAUGUACCAGCCCAAAGACAGGAGCUUACCUCUCAAAUUAGGUCUCACUGGAGGAGCGCUGGGUCUGCUGGCCGUGCUGCUAAUGGGGGUCCUGGUGUGGAGGAGGAGAAGGCAGAGGAAGCAGGAGGCCUACAUCUCUAGUGCACAGUGA